UGUCAGUGACGUGAGUGGUGAGGAACAUGGCGCUGUGGAGGAGGUUAGUCUGCUGACAGUCAGUCUGAUUCAUUUCCUGUAGCUGAUGUCGUUUAAUCCACAUUAAUAAAAACAUAUGAACGAUGAUAUUAAGGUGAGCGCUCGCUUCGUCUCCAUGGAAAACGGGACACUACAUCUGCUCGCGCUGUUCGCUGUCGUCAGCUGAAAAAUGUUAGCAUUCCCCUGCUAGCUGGAGCUAGUUAGCCGGCUAACAGCGAGUCGCCAAACAGACCGAAGAUAUGCUCGUUUAUGUCGCCGACAAUGACGCUAAACUCGUUGUAACCAAUGACUGAAGCGGUUCAUUCAGUAGCAAACCGGACAUUAUUUGUUUAGGACGACGUUUCCGACCAGCUAACGUCUCGCUAGCUAAGCUAGGAGGAUGGGGAGCCGCCAUGGAUACGUGUUGUUGCUCGCCAGUGGGAUUCUGCUGUCGGCGGUCUGGCUGUCUGAAGGUGCUCCUCUUCGUCAUCAUCACAAAUCAGCAGUAAGCACAGGGGACACUGCUUCCACCUCGCUCUACCUGGCCUUGGUGGUGUCUCUGACGGCGCUUCUGGUCCUGGUGGUGCUGCUGGUAAACUGUGUGACCUGCUGCAAGGAAAGGGAGAUCAACUUCAAGGAAUUUGAGGACCACUUUGAGGAUGAGAUCGACUUCACUCCACCGGCAGAGGACACGCCUUCUAUGCAGUCUCCAGCCGAGGUGUACACCCUCGCUGUGUCCCCUGUGGCCCUACCUGGACCUCCACACCUCCAACCCCCUGCUCGCCUCACAGAGGGAUCCACAAGCUUCCAGGUUGCACGUCACAAUCUGAGUUACAUCCAGGAGAUCGGCAACGGCUGGUUUGGCCAGGUCCUACUGAGUGAAAUCUACACAGAUCCAGGUGGAACCAGAGUUGUGGUGAAGGAGUUAAAAGCUAAUGCAAAUGCCAAGGAGCAGAAUGACUUCCUGCAGCAAGGAGAUCCAUACAGAGUGCUGCAGCAUCCAAACAUCCUCCAGUGCCUAGGCCAGUGUGUGGAGGCCAUUCCCUUCCUGCUCGUCUUUGAGUACUGUGAAAUGGGGGAUUUGCGGGGCUAUCUGUCUCAGCAGGACUGGAUGUUCCGAAAUGCCGAGUUACUGCAGCUGCAGAGGAUGGCCUGUGAAAUUGCUGCUGGCGUCACUCACCUCCACAAACACAACUUCCUGCACAGUGAUUUGGCUCUGAGGAACUGCUACCUGACGGCAGAUCUUACUGUCAGAGUAGGAGACUAUGGAAUUGGACCCUACAGAUACAAAGAGGAUUACAUCAUCACUGAGGAUGAUGUGUUUGCUCCGCUGCGCUGGUUGGCUCCUGAGCUGGUGGGUGAACGCCACGGGGGGGUGAUCACUAUAGAGCAGACCAAGCCCAGCAAUGUGUGGGCCUUGGGGGUGACGUUGUGGGAACUCUUUGAGAGCGCAACUCAGCCCUAUCCUCAUCUGUCUGACCGCGAGGUUCUGAACCAUGUGAUCAAGGAGCAACAAGUCAAACUCUUCAAGCCACAGUUGGAGCUGCCCUAUUCUGACAGAUGGUUCGAGGUCCUGCAGUUCUGCUGGCUGUCCCCAGACAAGCGGGCUACAGCAGAGGAAGUGCACCGUUUGCUCAUCUACCUGCGAAUGCAAGGCCAGAAGGACAUAGAGGAAGAUUUUGAUCAACGCUGGGAUGCUCUCAAGCCCAACCCCUCCACACGGCAGACCACUGUCAGCCAUUCCUCGUACCCUAUCUUGGAACAGUUUGCUGAUGAUGCCCUGCGACAAGAGAUCGACGAGGUUCUGACCGUCACUGAAACUAGCAAAGGUCUCAGCUUUGAGUAUGUUUGGGAGGCAGCUAAGCACGACCACUAUGAAGGCAGCCAUGGUCGCUCAGGCAUGGACACAACAUUGAACUACCACAGCAUGUUCUUUCCUGCUUCCAGUGAAGAUAUCCAGGCCCAUUUCCCUGAGCAGGAAGGCAGAGCCGUGGGUACAGAAAGUGGUAAUACUCCAUCAGGAAUACCUGGGAUUGUACCAGUGUUUGAUGCACAGAAGCCAUGCAAUGGAAAUGAAUAUUACAUCCAACUAGAAGAACAAGGGGAGAGCAAUGUUGGGGUAGAUGGGAACAGAGGACAACACAUGGACUACAGUUCAGGCCGGCAAGACUUUGUUGUUCUCCAAGAUGUCCGUCUGGAUGAGUCCAGCACUGAUGCAGACUUUUUCCACCAAAGCAUUGACUCCAAGGAUUCCUAUUUACCAGACAGUCACAUAUGGUCAUCUCUUGAAAAUGACAGCCCAUAUCACACCAACAUUUUUACCGAGGGAGGGUCCAAGCAAGAGGAUUCCCCUUCCUGGACACAGACUUUUAUGGAGCUUCCAGAACGCAACGGGAACCCUUUCCACACGGGUUUACCUUUGGACAUUCAAGAUGCAGAUGAAGAUAAUUCCUAUGGGAGCUCUUUUUUAGAGGAUCGUUCAGAAGCCACUCAGCGGGUAGAUCCUUUGAAAGGGGACCAGGAAACCACCGAUAUGAUGGUGCUUCUGAACACUGAUAAACUAUCAGACAACUUUAUGUUUCUCACGGAGCAGAAUCUGAUGAAAGAUGGAUCCAGUUUCUUAAGUCCACAGCAGAAUUUUCUUUCACCUGGCAUGGCCCACCAACCUGAAGACACAUUCAAAAUGCGUUCUUGGGACAAUCUUGACACUCUAGGCAGCUUAGACACAGUAGAUACUUAUUCCAAACCUGCAGCAAGUAGCACAUCCUCACGACAGAAACUUGUAGACUCUCCCCAUACUAGCGUUGGGGAGUUUAGUCAGUCUCUGGUAGACAAUAAAACACUGGUGCCUUCCAUUACAGUGGUCACAGAUGAUAACACAAGCAACCAGCUGCCAGUUAGAGAUAGCUCUUCCGCCGAAGACCUUGGUCUGCUGCAAGCCUCAGACAGAGGUGUAGACUCUGGUUUUGAUUCUACCUCAGAAAGGUUUGAGGUUGUCAUUAGUCAAAGUGAUGCCCACACCCCUGCUUUCUCUGAAAGUGCCACUAUAGACUCAUGGUGCACAGAUGCCAAAAUUCCCAGCCUUGAAGUCGACCUCGGAACCUCAAAGGACAGUGCUCCACUCGGAGGCAGUGAAAUGCCUGAAAACUUUGACGUCCAAGUCUUGUCCUCAGACAUCGGACACAGUGAAGACCUUACAAGCAACGAUCUGUUGAGUGAACUACUCGAGGAUGCAGAUAUAGAACUGGAAACCACUCUGUCUGACCAUGAAGAAUCCUUUGUGGACACUAACGGAGAACCUCUUGUGAGAUCUUCUCUGUUGGUCUCUGGGCCAUCGUUGGACCAGAUCAGCCAGGACAGUUUACUGGAUGACAGUAUGUCCGCCACUCUACCAACUAUAGAUAAUUCAGCAGAGACACCAGACUCUCUCGACUCCCUCGAUAUCCACCGACUUGGGGAACAGGGGGAAGAGCUGAAUGGUCAAAUAGCUCAAAACAAACUCCAGCCUCCACACAAAAUAUCAGACAGUGGGUAUGAGACCGAGAACCUGGAGUCUCCUGAAUGGAACUUUCAGGCUAAUGCCACCGCCGAGUCCCCCGUUAAAAACGGCACGAAUGUUGCCAAAGAAGAAGAGGAGACGGAAGAGUGCACUGCUGCAGCAAAUCUGGUUCCACCAGAAAUCAUCAUUUCUGAAGUAGAAGUUGUUCCAGAUACUCAGAGUGAGGAUGCUGCUGAGGCCCAGCAGCCGGAUCAGGUACCUCCUGCUCAGGAAGCGCCCAUGGGCAGUAACUACAGAGACUCUGCCUACUUCUCAGACAAUGACUCAGAACCUGAGAAGAGGGCUGAAGAGUCUGGAGUUUCUGCUGAAGUUCCGUGGCUGAGGAACUCAAUUGACGAGGGCAGCAAACCCUCUGCAGGUCCAGCACCGGAGCCUAACGCGGAUAGCGAUAUAGUUUCUUUAGUUACUCAGCAGAAAUCUUCCGGAACUGCUGAAACACAAGCUGAGGCUGAAGAAAAACCUACUAUUCACGUUUGGGGGCUGUUUUCAAGGAUAGAUUCAGACAUCACAGAGGAACAGGAGGGGGAGGCAGCCAUCAACCUUAAUGAAGACGAAAACAAAUCUGACUUUAUCAAGGAUGCAACAACGACUCCCGAUCAACCAGACCAGUCUGAAGAUCCAGAAACCUCAAUUCCACUUCCUUCUGCUACUCCAUCAAAGCAGGAGAACGCAGUUCACGCUAAACUAACCAGGACCUACGCCAGUGAUGGUCAUAAAAUAAGAGAGUCCGACGUGGAGGGGCGUUACCUGGGGAGGCGGGACGGCUCGGGAUCAGAAGUGGAGGAGGAGGACGUGGAUGCCGAUGAGGAGGACGAGAACAGCGAUGAUUCCGACGAUGACGUCCGUGCGUACCGGCUGCACAGCUCCAGCUCAGAGAGCGAGGAUGACACCGUGCAUCCGGUGCCGCUCAUUGUCUCAGACGACAGCAGAGCGAAGAACCUGAAGAGCUUGUUGAAACCCAGCGCUCUGAACGCAGAGUCGCUGUCCCCCUUUUCUUCGAGGAGCAGUGCGGAUAACUCCCGACGAGCUGUGUCCUUCUUCGAUGAUGUCACUGUCUACCUGUUCGACCAGGAGACUCCCACUAAGGAGCUGGCCGACCAUUCUUCAGGUUUAAACAGUCAGGUGCCAGAGUUCAGCAGCCCAGGGAACACUGCCAGCUACCUGAACCGGUUCACCAACUCUGAAAGCUCCACGGAUGAAGAGGGUGGUGGUUUUGAGUGGGACGACGACUUCUCCUCCGCCGGCCCGGCCUUCCUGCCCCAGACGGAUAAAGACCCAGUAUCUAAGGCCAUGUCUUCAUCCGCAACAUCUCGCUUUUCCUCUCCGCCGCUGGCAGCAGGGCGCACGCUGGAGCCCAGCUGGAGCGGCUCCUCGAACUACUCCCGUUUCUCCAUUUCACCGGCCAGCAUCGCUAGCUUCUCCCUCACACAUCUCACCGACUCCGACAUCGAACAAGGAGGAAGCAGUGAAGAUGGAGAGAAAGACGAGUGUGAUAAAUGAAGGGACCCCUGACCGUCACACUGCCCCGACAUGAACUCGAAUCGCACUUUUUGAACCGUGGAGGCUUCUCUCAGGCAGAACUGUUCUUCAUGGAGCCGCUCAUCACAACAAGGCUGUGAAAUGACUUUCAGCAAACACAGACGGACGAGGCCCGGUCCCAGCCUGAGUCACAUCACCUCUCCAGCUACAUCUGUGUGUGUGUGAUUUCAGUUCAGUGCAAUUACACUUUGGAAUAUAAAAAAAAGGAAAAUGAAAAAAAAAAGAGAGACGACAGAAAAUGACUUCAAACGGGCCGAGCUCCUAAACGUUUGCUCUAAAGACUCGUCGAGCUCAUUCCAAGUGUUUGGCUGCUUCUUCUUGUUGUGUGUCUAAGUGCACUCCUUCUCCAGGACUUUUGCGUCACCAAAAAAAAAGACUUUAUAUGUUCUCUCUUAACUGACACACCGGGCUGGCAAAGCUCUCACUACAGCCGUGUAGGAAUAAGCUCUUUGAUUUUUUUUCAGCAGGUGUAAAACUGUUGAUUCAAGCUGUUGGUGCACCAUGUUGAUUUUGCUCCUUCAUGUUGUGCGAUUAUUUCAGUGGUUGCCUUUUUUUAUUUUCUUCAAAGAGUGAUUCAUUUUUCGUAAACAAUUUUUUUUUUGUUGGGUGUAGUAACUAUCUCCUAAAUGGAGAGAAACUGUGGUGUCCUUCUGUAGCAGGUUGAACGUUAGGAAGCACCAUCCACACACACAGAGGAUGACUGGAUGAUCAUCAACCCCUCAUCUGCAGAGGUGACGCACUGUACGCUCCUUCAUCUGUGUUUGAAAGGAGCGUCUACAGCAAGUAGUUUCAUAUUUUUGAGACAUCUCGGUAAGAAUUGUGGCCGGUAUUUGACAAGAAUUGUCAUAUUUAUCCCGAACAGUGGGGAGGAAAAGCUCAAACAAGUUAUUUAUGUUGCAACGCUUCAUCUUAUGCUCUGAAAUGUGCAGGAAGCUGCUCUCCUCACGUUAGACGACUUCACUAUCACUACCAAACUUCUAAUCGCACGUCAUGUGACAUUGUAAAAAGACAAGUUUUGAGAUUUUUAUUUUUAAAUGUCAGAAUGAAGAAAUGUAUUGAGCUGUUUGGUUAUAGAUGUGCAAUGAAUUCCAUGUAUCGGGUGAAAAUGGCAGAGGAGGUCAUAGGAUGAUCUGGUGAAACGUGGCAGCGUUUCUUAAGUAACGUGCAGGGACUUAAAUUAAAGCUUCAUAAAAAAAAUUCUGUCACUACUAGAACAAAUAACACUGCUGCUUUUAUCAGAGUUGUCUGCCUCUUGUUUUUUUUACUGUGUGUCAAACUUAAUGAACCUGUUUAGACGGCAUUCUCACCCCCCCCCCCGUUGUCUCCGUGGCUGUGCAGGGCCGUACAGCUACAGGAAGGUUUUCUGUACAGGAUUUCAUGUACAGCUAUAAACCCGGUUCUUUGAAAACUGUAAGUUCUACAAAUACUGUACGGUUCUCUCCCUUCUGUGACUCGAAUCAUGUUAGAUUUCACCUGGGGAGCAGCUAUACUCCACCUGUAGUAGUUAGUCACCAUCUCCCUCCACCCCGUACAGGAGGCACUGUAUCUUAGACGAUGUUAACCUCUGUUUAAAAACCAGCAGCCUGUGCUUCAGUUAAACUUGAACAUUUAUUUAAGGAAAAUUAUGUUUUAUCUGACUACAGUAUACAUUUUUGCUUAAUCUUGCACAUUUGAAAAAUGUAACUUAAUGUUGAACUGUUCCGAUGUGUAUAUAAAUGUUAAUUUUUUUUUUUUUGUCUGUAAAUGGGAAAUGAUGUAACUUGAGUUGUAGGUAUGAGGUUUCAUUUUGUAACUUAAAGCUGAGGCGAUCAGAGGAACAUAUCACAAAGCAGUUAAAUUAAGACGCGGAGAAGUGGACGUGGAACUCAUUCUGUCCUUUAAACGUGUAGAUUUUAAAGAUAUUUUUACUUCAUAUUGAUCAUGCUUAGUGUAAUUGAAUGAAAUGUUUAUAAUUACACUGUUUAAUAUGAAAAUAAAUGCAAAUGAACUUCUAA